AUGACAGAAGUGCGCGAGGGCGGGAGGUGGGAUGAGGACUUCACGGUCCGGUCAGCCGCCGCGCCACGUGUGUACUGUACCUCGUGCCAAGCGGGGUGCCGCUGCCCGCGCAGCUUGCACAACGUUCGCCGCGUUGCUUUCGUCCAUAUCCAUCACCCGCUUGACUUCCAAAUCUUGCCCUAUAAAUUUGAUAAAAUGGAGGUCGAGAAAGCCAAUCACAGCAGGACCCGAGACGAGGAAUUUGACUUCGAGGACGGCUCCCUCAUUCUCGCCGUUCAAGGAGUGGAGUUUCGGGUACACACCGGUGUUCUCUCCAGACACUCUCCCGUCUUCAAGGAUAUGGCUGCACUCGGGUCCGAAAAAGCAUCCAGUGACGAGAUGUCCCCGCCAUGUCCUGUCGUCGAGCUCCAGGACUCCGCCCGCGAUUGGCGACACGUUCUGCGAGCUAUAUACCAGAACGAUCCACUAUCAAGGCAUUGCGCGAUCGGCAUCGUCAACAUCGCCCGGCUUGUCGGGGAUACGUCGAUUCUCCCACUCGCCUUCCUCUCUUGUAACCAGCUAGGCCGCAAGCUCCUUCAAGGUGCUACGCCUAGCUUGGUGCAACACGGGGCCAAGAACACCUUCGUUCUUCUCCUUUCGCGCGAAGGGACGACCUCUACGACGACGCAUUUGCUGGGCUCUCCACAUCGCCUAGCCGUUCGUUCAGAUCGACCUAAGCCAGUUAUGCACCCAUUGUCUGGACGAGAUCGCGCCAAAGUGCGACAUUUACAAUCGGAGGACACUAGCGGCAUUGGCGUCGUUCUUCGAAGAAGAGGGAAAGAAAUAGGACACCGCCAUCAAGAGGGAGAGCACACGCUUGCCAUGAAAAACGCGCGGAGACACAGAGAAGUCUGUGCGGCCCGCAUGGACUCGUGCUUCAGAAAACCCCACAUCAAAGGGUCCAGGGGGCGCGUUGGAGACGUCAAUGCCGGAAGAAGAGUGCGAACGAGGCCGUCCAUGAAGUACGGAAUGGACGGCGGAGAUGGUGGCGAGUACGAGCUCAUGGGUGCCCUGCACACACCGCUCUUCGUCGGCCUUGUUCAGAGGCUCGCAAGUCCCGUCGCUGUAGCUGGUGACACCGGUGAACUCCGGGGUAACGGACCUCGAACAGAGGAGCAUCGCGUAAGGAAGGAGAGAAUACUCCUCCACUACGCGCGCGAGGUUGAUGAUGCCCGGUGCCUCCUUCGCAUCCAACGAAGAGGGGUAGUCGACCAAUGA